AUGUCUGCUGGCGAUAGCCCUGGAGCCGACGUAGCGAACUGGCGGCACACGCGAUUUAUCGCUCUCGGGGAUAUUGGCAAUAUUCAUGGUGGCCAUUCGGGUGAUAGCGGAUAUGCUAGCAGAGACACUGGAAGUAGUGCUGUGAGUGAAAUUGGCCACACGAGCCUGGGGGAGGAUGAGGUCACGAAUGAGAGUGCAGAUUGCUAUCUCAAGGACGCUAAAAACACGGACAGGAUGCGUGACUCACCAGAGUCGAGCAACUCACCCAUGUACGCCGUGACAGCGAGCCCCCCCGGACUCUGCAGCUCAAAUGACAGCAGUACCCCCGCCCCGUCGGAUAAUUCUACACAACAGGACGCAUGCACUCCUCUUUGGGAUCACAUCACCCCGCAGGUGAGGGCUCCGGCGAUGACGGCAAAGAAAGACCCCAGUGCCAACCGAGUGAGCGUGCCACCCAUUUCAACGGUACCGCCGUUGGGUGCAACUCCCACCACGGGUGUGGUGGUGUCGCCACUGACACCACUGCGGGAGCAGGGCGGAACUUUCUCUAUGCCCUGCGUAGGUCUCCCGCCGCGGCCCUCGCUCCCCUCAGGCCCGCGCAUGCGCCACGUUUCCUCCCCGUCAGGCCACACCUCCGUGGCGAAGGCGAGCGUGCGCAAAGUUGGCGUUUCUGGUGAUAGUCCACACAUUCACCUGCCGCUUCUUCCUGGCAACCCCGCUCCCGUGAAGGGUACAAGGGUGCAGAAUAAGGGGCUCAAGGACCACUUUGCCGAUGACUUGAAUGGGGGCCUCACGCAGCAGCUACAUCGUCGGUCGCGCUUUGCGCCGCAAGAGCGGUUCGCAAAUGAGGGCUAUCAUUGCCUUUCCCUCUCCCCUGGCGCGAGAGAAGGCGACUUGCCACACAAGAAGAAUCCCGAUGCGAUGACGAUGACGACGCCCCCCAUUGAUCGCUCGCAGCGAGUUCUCGUCGAGAGAAGGUUGCCGUCGCCCCCCGCAGAAGACGGCGUGGCGUCCGCGGGGGUGUCGCCGGCGUAUCUUCCGAGGCCGCCAGUCCGGAGGGGGAAGUCCCCUCUCAGGGGUUCGCGACUGCAUCUUGCCCCACCAGAAGAUACGUCGGAUGAAUUUGAAAAGGAGCUCCCCAGUUCUUCGUCGCUUCGAAAUGGACGCAUGCGCGUUGUGUCAUUCAGCACAGAGACUAUCGUUUCUAGAGAGGGCUCGGCAAUGUCGAGUGGUGAGUUACCGAAGGAAUCCAAGCUGUCCCAACCUUCACCACCAGAUCCGCAGCCAUUAGGGACAGUAGCAGUAACGCCGCCACCACGAAGAGAAACAAGACCGCAUAUCUUACCACUAAAGCAAUGA